CUGUUCAAAGGUUAGUUUGACAUCUCCGAGCCAACAUGGCGUCAUCCCGCGUCCAGUUUCACGGAGUCUGGGGUCUAUCCCACUGAACACCAGGCCACUGCUGACUGACAGUGCGCACCAUCAUGGCGGAGGCAGGACAGACGGAAUCAGAGCAGGACAUCGAGAGCAAGAUCGAAGAAACACGACAGAGGUUUAAAAGCGAGUAUGUUGAGGAGUCCCAAGACAAAUACGACAGCAGAGACGUGGAGAAACUCCUGCGAGAUGAUGCUCUGCUGGAAGGAUACCUCACAUGGAGACACUUCGUGGUGGACGACACCUUAAAGAUGAUCGACGAGAGCUUGCAGUGGAGGAGAGAGUUUCAGCUCAACGAUCUGGUGGAGAGCAGUAUUCCCCGGUGGAUGUUCGAGAGCGGCGCCGUUUACCUUCACGGAUACGACAAAGAAGGGAACAAACUCUUCUGGUUCAGAGUGAAACUCCACGUGAAGGAUGCCAAGACGAUAGUGGAUAAGAAGAGGUAUGUGGCGUUCUGGCUGGAGCGCUACGCUAGACGUGAGCCAGGAAUGCCCCUGACGGUCGUGUUCGACAUGUCUGAGUCCGGACUCAGUAAUAUAGAUAUGGACUUCGUGAAAUAUAUCAUUAACUGCUUCAAAGUGUACUAUCCAAAGUUUCUUUCCAAAAUGAUCAUGUACGAGAUGCCCUGGAUCAUGAAUGCCGCCUGGAAGAUCGUGAAGACGUGGCUCGGCCCUGAUGCCAUCAGUAAACUCAAGUUCGUCACCAAGACUGACAUCCAGACGUUCGUCGGCCCCGAACACCUGCCGCCGUACAUGGGAGGAACGGACCAGUUCAAGUACAGUUAUCCGCCUCUCCCGGACGACGACUUCCAGUCUCCAAUCUGUGAAAACGGUCCAAUCGUCAGCGAGGAUGAGAGUGACAUCAAGGAUCUAGAGUCCGACUCCAAAGAAACUCUCGAGUCCAGUUUCAAUGCCGAGCAAUCCAUCAGACCAAAGAAGGUGAAUUUCAUUGAAGAAGGUCAAAGGUCAGAUGAUCUCGACAGAGGAGAACCGGGCCGCCUGAGAGGGGCUAGAAAACCCACGACCACUUUCAAGGGCACACUACUGCACAUCAGUCCAGCAGAGGAGCUCAGCUUCGGUGCUAAAGAAUCAGAGAAGAGGUGUUUGAUCGUCCUCAACAACGUCACCACAAAUCACGUGGCCUUUAAGGUACGGACCACGGCUCCAGAGAAGUACCGGGUAAAGCCCAGUAACAGCAGCUGUGCGCCCGGGUCCAGUGUGGACAUCGUGGUUUCUCUUCACGGAGGCUUCCAGGCGUCUCCUCAGGACCGGUUCCUGGUCAUGGCAGCAGAGACGGAGAGCGGCACUGGAGUCCCAGAGUUAUCUCAGUUCUGGAAGGAGGUUUCAAAAGCCAAAAUCAUGGAGCACAGGCUACGCUGUCACGUCCUAGAGAGUCCCAAGUCUAUUCUCAGCAAUUCAUUCGAUAGUUCGUCAGUGACGUCCACCAAUGAGCAUCAGGAUCUGCAGACGAUGCUGACGCGUGUGAUGCUGACGAAUGCUCGACUGGAGCAGAAGCUGGACUGGUGUGUGUGGAUGCAGAAAGUUCUUCUGGUUCUGCUGUCGUUUCUCCUGGCCCUCAGCUUCACUACGGCCUACUCCCUGUGGACCUCCUGAAACCGGCCUGAGGCUCACAGGCCAAACCGCAGCGG